CCUUACAGGAUGUGUCGUCGCAGGAAGCCGCCUGCAGUGCAUACGCGGAAGUGGCUUUCUCCGUGUGUUUUCUGUGAUGUGUUGUGUGUGAUUGGGAAUUUAUUCAUUUGGCUGUGAUGUCGGUGCUCUACAUGGAUAAGUUAAGUCGUAUUUAUGAGCGUUAUCAGGAGUAUGUGAGGUUGAACCCAGCGGCCGCGUCUCAUCUGGAGAGCGCAGUUCGCGCGCUGAGUUACCUGAUCGCAGGUCGCUUCUCAGACUCUCAUGAAAUCUCAGAGUUGGUCUACUCAGCAUCUAACCUUCUAGUGCUGCUGAAUGAUGGUAUCCUGAGGAAGAAUCUCUCUCGGGCAUUGCCUAUGACUCUCUCUCAACAGAGACUGUUAACCUGGUUGUCUGUACUGGAGUAUGUGGAGGUUUUCACAGAGAUGGGGGCUGCUAAGCUGUGGGGAGAAGCUGGACGCUGGCUAGUUAUUGUUCUCAUUCAGAUUGCCAAAGCGAUCCUGCGUUGUCUUCUGCUUUUCUGGUACAAAUCAGGCAUCCAGACAUCACCACCUAUAAUUCCUCUGGACAGGGAUUCUCAGCUCUGUAGUCACGAGAACAAUGCAGAAGAAGAGGAUGAGGACACUUCUUUCGUGGGCCAGCGUUCAGGAAGAGUGGUGAGACCACUGGGAAGCGCACCAUCGUUACAGUCUCGUCUUUGGGGUCUCCCUCGGAAAAACACAAAAAAUAGGAAUCGAGAAGAGGAGCUUCACUCAAGCCCCACACCUCUGGGUCUGCAGGAAACCAUCGCAGAGUCCCUGUACAUCGCAAGACCGCUUGUUCAUUUGGCCAGUCUCGGGAUUUGUGGAAAACGUUCCUGGAAACCUUGGAUCAUCUCUGGUCUCUUAGAGAUAACCAGUUUCAGUUUGUUGAGUGACUUCAAAACGCUGAACCGCAGAGAGAGGGCUGAGAUGAGGAGACGAGCCUUCCUUCUCCUCUACUACCUGCUCCGCUCGCCCUUCUAUGACCGAUACUCUGAGACGAAGAUCCUCUUCCUCCUUCACUUUUUGGCAGAUUAUGUUCCCGGAGUCGGUUUGGUUGCACGUCCGCUGAUGGAGUACUUGCCCAUUUGGCAGAAGAUCUACUUUUAUAACUGGGGCUGACGUCAAAGUGAUUCUUUCACAGGUCAGCACCGCUAAAAUGUUGGUAGAAUGAGAGAAAGCCAUUUAGAGGAUGCGACAGCGACACACAAGGACUCAAAUCACACCUGUGCCAGAACAUUACCACAUUUAUUGAGGAGUUUUGCAGUCGGGGAGUUACAGCUACGAUUGCUCAUUAAAUGGAAUGAUCCAUCAAAUAUGAAGGUCCCUCAUCAUUUCACAGGACUCCAAUGAGGCUUUUGUACCUAAAGCAAAAUUAUGAGCGUGAUUUUUCACAGUGUGUGAAAUAAACUCAUUCGAGUCUUUGUUUUAAAACCCAUCGUUAAUUUGAUUGAAAGACCUGAAGCUAAAAUGUAAAGCAUGCCUGUUUUGAAAUGCUGAAAGUGUGAAAUUGGAUAAUUGGUUUUGUAUAUACUUCUAUGCCUUUAAUAAAUCUUUAAAUAAUAAGA